AUGGCAUAUACCAUAUUUCCGUCACCAGGACUAGAGCAUGGCAAACGUAUACUUACUGCGGUGAUCGAGCAGCGCGCCAAAGAUGAUGCCAGUGAGCCCUGGCUAUCGGUCCCGGUAGACGAGACGAAUCUGUCUAUGGGUUAUAAGGAUCUCACCUUUUGGCAACUGAACAAUGCGGCUAAUCGCGCUGCGUAUUGGAUGAGUGAAAAUCUCCCCACUGGCGAGCCAUUUCAAUGCUUCGCCUACACUGGUCCAAAAGAUCUCCGUUAUCCAAUUUUGGCUGUCGCAGCAGCCAAGGUACAGAAGGUGAUGGUACUGCCGUCCCCAUUGGUCACUCCGGAGGCCCAGUUGCAAAUUCUUGAAAAGAAAGGCUGUACGCUUUAUCUUAGGCCCGACGAAAUGACUGAACCUGUAGCAGGUAUAUUAAAGGGCACCUCGCAUAUCAAGCCUAUCACUAUACCAGCCCUGGAAUAUUUCUUGAAUGACACAGAGGCUAGCCCGUCAUGGGCAGAAGGCAAAGAUGACCCUUGGUUGGUUUUUCAUACUUCUGGAACAACAGGAAACCCUAAGCCUGUUACCUAUUCACACCAAAUGAUGGCCGGAGUGGAAGUAGCAGCUUCUCUCCCUGAUAUCGAGGAGACUCAUAUACAUCAAUACGCCCAAAGAAGAUGGUAUACGCCUUUGCCGUCACUACAUUUUGUUGGAAUGCUUAUGACGCUAUCUAUGACGACCUUUGUCAAUAUGAUAGCUGUGAUUGGCCCUGUUGGACCCCCAUCUCCAGCUACUGUCACGGAAGUCCUCCGUCACGGACGCGUGGAGGGAGCCCUGCUUCCUCCAGUACUCAUUGACGCGCUCUGUCUCUUCCCUGACGGCCUUGAGGCCUUGAAGGACUUACAGUAUGUUCACUAUGCUGGUGCUUCGCUGUCUACUAAGUCUACAGAGCUCCUUGUUCCAUAUACACAGGUGGUACCAUGUGUUGGUAGCACAGAAGCUGGCGGUUACUUCACAGCUAUACAUGGCCAAAUUAAUGCCUGGGACUACCUUGCCUUCCAGAGACAUGCGGGAGCCACCUUUGAGCAGCGUUUAGGUGACCUCCACGAGCUUGUAUUUAUCCGUAACCCGGAAUGUGCGAUGCAGCAGAUAUUCACACACCCUACUAAAAAAGGUCUAUGGAAGAUCAUUGGCCGGAGCGACGAUUAUGUUUGUUUCUCUCAUGGGGAUGGAUUGCAUGCUUCGCUUCUAGAGCCUGAAAUUACGGCUCAUCCCGGUGUCAAUAAUGCACUCAUCGGAGGGCAUGGCAGACAGUCACCUGUGCUCCUAGUGGAAUUUGUUGAAGGUGCGGAAGACAAUGGGACUCGUGAGGGGCUGCUGAAGAGUCUACGACCAUAUAUUGACAAACUUAACGCGCGAUGCCAUGCCUCCAUUCGGAUCUCGCCAGAAAAGGUGAUCAUUGCUUCGAAAGACAAGAUGUUUAUUACAACUAUCAAGGGAAGUGUGGCGAGAUUGCAGACGUUGCGCUUGUAUGAGGAUGAGAUUGCUGCACUGUUCACUUAG